CUGUUUCUAAGUUCUAGUUUGAAAAAAGUUAAUACAGUUCACCUAAAAUAUCAAAUUUUGUUUUAUUUCUUGUGUUGGUGACCAUAUAAUUACGUAACAAAUACAGUUUUUGGCCAAAGAAGUAAACGUUUGUUUACUUUUUUAACAAGGAAUCAUCCUGGAGUACAUACAAAUCGAUUUUCCUGAGCUUGAUCCGGCCGUGAUGAACAUGGCCGAGAUAUGCCGGUUGUGUUUACGCCAGAGAUCGAACAAUGUAGCCGUUGCAUUAGAGGAUGACGAUUUGCGGAGGAAAAUCGAUCGCAUUUUUUACUUCCAGGUUAUGCGGGAUUUGGAUCUACCGAGUUUGAUUUGCAAUACGUGUAAGCACACCGUUGACGGAUUCUACGAGUAUGCCGAACAGGUACAGAAAAACCAGCAAUUUUUGCGUACGUCGCUGGUUCCUUCUACUUCGUCAUCUUCGCAUAGCUUAAACAUGUCACGGGAAUCGCCCGGCUUAGAUUUGAGUGUAGAAGAGUCAUCCGUUAAAAUCGAAAAUACUAUCAAGAACGAACCCGACGAAACCGAAUGGGUUGCCGUAGAUACAUACUGCGAAACAUCGGUUAGUAAUAGGCAAGUGUCCACAACAACACCAGUGGUAUUAACGGAUAAUGUUCCGCCCGGUGAUAUGGAAGCGAAAUCCGAUCGGGAUUGGAAAAUGGACGAGUCCACAGACGAUGAAAACGAUAACGAGGAUUCUGACGAAUCAGAGUUAUCUGAUGCCGUAGACGGUACUUGGAACGACGAGGAUGAGUCGAUGCAAGAGGCGAAACCCAAACGAAAGUAUACGCCACGGAAGCAGACAAAGAUGAUACAAACUGUUAAAUCGGAGCAAAAAGAACGAAAAGUACGGAUCAGGCCUGAUGGACCUUCUAUAGAUGAGUUGGUACUCGAACACUAUAAACUAUCUUGUGAUCUUUGUGCUGAACCGCUGGACGAUUUCACCGAGUUACGCAAACACUACAAAUAUGUUCACGAUCAACCGGCCUAUCUGAAGUGUUGCAAUAAGAAAAUCUUCAAGAAAUGCUGGAUGGUGGAACACAUACAACUGCAUUUAAAUCCUGAUGCAUUCCACUGUGACAUUUGCAAUAAAAGUUACAGUUCGAGCAAGGUUCUGAAAGAACACACCAAAGAAGUGCAUUCCCCCAAUGAAAAUCGCCCCUUCAAGUGCGAAACCUGCCUGAAACCAUUUGUUUCGCACGCUCAUCUAAAUGCGCACGUCAUGGUGGCUCAUGGCUCCGUACCUUGUCCUCAGUGUCCAAAAGUAUUGGCUUCGCAAGGGUCGCUGAAAAAACAUUUGGUCGCGAUGCACGGCGACGGUGAGCAGUACGUGUGCGACGUGUGCGCCCGUGUCUUUCGUUCCAAGCAGUGCUUCGAUACCCAUGUUAAGGGUCACUUGGGGACGCGUCUGGAGAACAAGGUUCAGUGCAGUGUUUGCUCGGUAUGGCUGACGGAUAAGUACUGCCUAACGAAGCACGUGCGCCGGAUGCACGUUGCACCGGAACUGCCGCUCUCGUGCGAGCUGUGCGGCAAACAGGUACGCAACCAGGAUGCUCUCAACUGUCACAUGCGGCGGACCCACACGGAGAGUCGGUUCGAGUGCGAUAUUUGUCAUAAAAAGUUUAAGCGACCGCAUCAUAUGAGGGAACACGUAGCUAUCCAUCACACCGGAGAAGACUUGUACGGAUGCAACCACUGUCCGGAACGUUUCAACACCAAGAACAAGCAGUACAUGCAUCGGAAGACCGUUCAUCCCGUUGAGUGGGAAGAGGAAAUGCGCAAGCGAAUCAUGAAAGUGCCGUGAUUGUAGGAUUUUUUCCACUUCUAUUAUUUAUUGUCAUACAGUGUUGCAGAAAAGGUUUGUGUUGGAUUGUUUUACAGCCGACAAAUUCGAAGCAAUUUGAAAAAAAAUGUGGUGAGUGGAAUUUAGCUUCAAAUUAAUCUAUCCUUAAAAUGUUCAGUGAAUUUACCAAAGUACAGCGAAGAAA